UAAAGAUUCAGUCUUUCUCCUCUCUCUAUCUCCUUUCAAGGUCUGUCUGCAGUACUAGGUCAGUGAAGGAACUUCCAAAUUUUGAAAGGAAGAAUAGUUUCUGGGAAAUACUUAGGGAGGAGAAAGAAGUUUAAUUUUCAGAAAUUGAUCGUGUUCGGAGCUAAAAAUGAGUCGAAUUCGGUCUCGAGAUGUGAAUGUUCAGUACGACGAGUAUUUGGAUCGGCAUUUGAAGAGGAGAAAGAUUCAUACAGGGGAUUUCGCUUAUAACCUUGAUAUCAUCAUGCAAAAUAAGGGAAAUACUGAUGGAAAGAUUGAUGAAGCAUACCUAAAUUAUCUGGCCCACGUUAGGAAUGAUGGUGAAAGACAAAAGGGUAUAUAUGAGAGUGAAGAUGAAGAUGAAGAUGAAGUUGAAACGGAUCCUCAAUAUAUCAAAUUUUUACAGUGUUUGAAAAAAGAUGGGAAAUCUUAUAUUCUUACAACAAUUGGUGAAGAUGGGAAGCCUCUGCACAUCAAAUACGAAAAAGAAGAAGAUGAUGAACUGAAUGAAGAUCAUGUCCCACAGAAACCAAGAAAAACUAUCUCCAAAGAUGUGAGAGCUCCAAACAGGAUUAUAAACGAAGACAAUGGAGAAAUGGGGAGAAAAUGCAGAGGAAAAGCUGUGGAAACCUCAACCUUAGGGGGAACUAAGGAUUUAGAACGAGAAUUUCGAGAUCAUGGUGAGCCCAAUCGAUGUGCAAGUCACAGAAAAAGUGCAAGGAUUGAUAAGACACCAGCAGCUGGAGGAAAGGAUAUGAAAAUUUUCAAGACAGACCCUAACUAUCAAAUAUUCCUUGAUAAUAUCAAGAGAGAACAACCUUUAUUUGUCAGAAUUGGAGAUAUCGCCAUAACAUAUAGCGAGGAUGAAAGUCCUGCAGACUCUGAAAUUUUGGUGACAACUGAUGUCUCAGAUUUCAAUGUUGGAAACCAUAAUCCUUUCGUAACUUCAAAGCACUUCAUAACUUCACCGGUUGAAAACAUGGAGCAGCCAAGCACAAUGAAUUGUUCUCAGUUUAAAGAAAGAUUAAUGAGUGUUCUGAAAACACCAUUUAAUGAAAUAGAAUACAAAAGGCUUAAGGAGGAGAUUAAGAAGCAAACGCCCAAGAAUGGUCGUCACAGAGACUUGCGUGGAGAUGCAUCAUUAAGAUCAUACCCAACAGAUGAAUGCAAUGAGUCAUACCUUGAACAACAUACUGAUUUUAAGUUGAAAAUGUGCGAAGCCAAGAUGGAUGAGCCCAAACAAUUAAAUCUCUUACGCGGUUUUUUCUUUUGGUUGGAGAACUUGGCUCAUGAUGGAGCAUUUCAUCCAUGGAAGGACCCCCAUUGUGUCUGAAAGUGAUUCAGCCUGGAUAGAGGAGGGGAGGGGUGGUGGGUGUCUUAAAAAUGAUUCAGCCUGAAGAUAUAAGUAUAGAUUUAAGUGACUUGCAGCAGUUAAGUGAAUGCCGACUUGAGAUUGAUGGCUAUGGAAAUUCUGGAUGUCUGAAAAUGAUUCAACCUGUAGAUUUAAUUGACUUGCAGCAGUUAAUAGAAUUUGUCUAGGAUUGAAAUUGAUGGCUAUGAAAAUUCUUGUAGUUUGCUAAUUUAUUAACUAUAUUUGCUCUGG